AUGACCAACAGUGAAGAACUUACUGUAGCAACAACAUCAACAGCAAUUAUUGAUACCAAUGUUAGUAUGUCUAACGCAAAAUCAAUACUUGAUGAUCCAAGUUGGAAAGAAAAAUUGAAAUUACCACCUAAAGAUAAUCGACCAAAAACAGCAGAUGUUACUGCAACUAAAGGGCAUAAUUUUGAAGAUUAUUGUCUUAAACGAGAAUUACUUAUGGGUAUCUAUGAGAAAGGUUGGGAAAAACCAUCACCUGUCCAAGAACAAUCAAUACCAAUUGCAUUAACCGGUCGUGAUGUGCUUGCUCGUGCAAAAAAUGGUACUGGUAAAACAGGUGCCUACACGAUUCCAAUUGUUGAACGUAUCGAUCCAAAUAAAAAUGCUAUUCAAGCAAUAAUCUUAGUUCCAACACGUGAAUUGGCAUUACAAACAAGUGCAAUUUGUAUGGAACUUUCCAAACAUAUUCAUUUGCGUGUUAUGGUUACAACUGGUGGUGCAUCUUUACGCGAAGAUAUCGCACGUUUACAAGAAGUUGUCCAUAUUGUGAUUGCAACACCUGGUCGCUUACUGGACUUAGUACAAAAAAACAUAGCAAAACUUGAUGCUUGCCGUGUGAUUGUAUUGGACGAAGCUGAUAAAUUACUUUCACAAGAUUUUAAUCAUUUAUUAGACGAUGUUAUUUUUCAUUUACCCCAAGAUAGACAAAUCAUGUUAUUUUCAGCUACGUUUCCAUUGACUGUUGAUGAUUUCAUCAAGAAACAUAUGCGUAAUCCAUAUGAGAUCAAUCUUAUGGAAGAACUAACACUUAAAGGAAUAACUCAGUAUUAUGCAUUUGUACAAGAACGUCAAAAGGUCCAUUGUUUGAAUACAUUAUUUUCAAAAUUACAAAUCAACCAAUCGAUUAUUUUCUGUAAUUCAACACAACGUGUCGAACUUCUAGCUAAAAAAAUUACUGAUCUUGGUUAUUCAUGUUAUUAUAUACAUUCAAAGAUGCGACAAGAUCAUCGUAAUCGUGUAUUUCACGAUUUUCGUACUGGUCUUUGUCGUAAUCUUGUUUGUUCGGAUCUAUUUACACGUGGUAUUGAUAUUCAAGCUGUAAAUGUUGUUAUCAAUUUCGAUUUUCCGAAAUUAAGUGAAACAUACUUACAUCGCAUUGGUCGCUCAGGUCGUUAUGGUCAUUAUGGUAUUUCAAUUAGUCUAAUAACCUAUGAAGAUCGUUUUUCAUUACAUAAAAUUGAACAAGAAUUAGGUACAGAAAUUCAACCAAUACCAAAACAAAUUGAUCCAUCACUUUAUGUUGCUGAAUAUCAAAUGACCGGAGAUAAUAAUGGUGAAAAACAACAUGAAAAUAAUUCUAGUGCAUCAGCAACUAAUAAAUAA